CUUUUUCUCCCAAAAAUUUGAAAUCCUAACUAGCCAAAGCAAAAUGGACAAGCAUAUCUGUGUUUUCUCCAUUUUGUGUUGGUUUUAGUCAAAAUGAGACCCAUAUUCCAACGGCUUAGAACAUUUUCCCGGGAAAAUAAUACCCAACGAAAGUUCAAUUUCCUAUCAAAGUUCCAACCCAGAAAUCUUCACUCUCACAGCUUUAUUUCACUAAAUUUCCCUCUUAGCCUCUCCAAAGUUGAUGAAAAGCCUAAGACUUCCUUCGACUGCUUUCUGGGUUGGACCAAAACUUAUCCUUUCGUUCGAUCAUUUGCGAAUUCUGCCGAUUCCGACGAGUUUGAAGGAGACCCAAAUGAUCGAAUCGCUGUUUGGAUUCAAAACAUCAUCAAGUUUCGGAGGGAGAAAUCGACGGAGGAGAUCGAGCGAGCUCUUGAUAUGUGUGGGUUUGAGUUGACAGAAGAAUUGCUCUUGAAUGUACUUCACCGGCAUCAAUCUGACUGGAAACUGGCUUAUGUUUUCUUCAACUGGGCGUGUAAAGGAGGUGGAAGUAAUGGGUUCUUGCUGGGCUCUGAAUCCCACAACGAGAUUCUCGAAAUUCUCGGGAAAAUGAGGCGGUUUGAGGAAGUACACCAAGUGCUCGUCAAAAUGCGUGAGAGAGAAGGACUGCUCAAUGAAGCGACUUAUGCGAUAUUGCUCAACCGAUACGCGGCUGCGCAUAAAGUUGAUGAAGCAAUGGACGUGUUCCGCAGGAGGAAAGAGUUCGGUCUUGAGUGCGACUUGGUGGCGUUUCAAAAUCUUUUGAUGUGGUUGUGCCGGUACAAACAUGUUGAGGUAGCGGAGACCUUGUUUUACUCGAAGCGGAAGGAGUUUCCUUCGAACAUAAAGACGUGGAACAUCAUUCUUAAUGGAUGGUGCGUGCGAGGGAAUGUGCACGAGGCGAAAAGGUUUUGGAAAGAUUUGAUCAGGUCUGGAUGCCAGCCGGAUCUUUUCACUUAUGCGACUUACAUAAACGCGCUGGCCAAGAAAGGGAAAUUAGGGGCAGCAAUCAAGUUGUUCAAGGCCAUGUGGGAAAACGGCUGCAACCCAGAUGUGGCAAUAUGCAACUGCAUCAUCAAUGGGCUUUGUUUUAAGAAGAGGAUUCCCGAAGCUUUUGUGGUUCUGCGAGAAAUGAGGGCACGAGGUUGUAGUCCGAAUUUAGCAACGUACAACACGCUGAUCAAGUACCUAUGCAAGAUUCAGAGGAUGGACAUUGUUUAUAAGAUUGUGGAUAAAAUGGAGCGGAAGCGGGGAGAUUGUUUGCCUAAUCACGUGACAUACAGUUUCUUGCUCAAAUCAUUGAAAAAACCGGAGGAAGUUCCUGACCUCUUGGAGAGAAUGAAGAGAAAUGGAUUCAAAAUGGUUUGUGACACGUACAAUCUGAUCUUGAAGUUGUACAUGGAUUGGGAUUGUCAGGAGAGAGUGAAAUCUACAUGGGAUGAAAUGGAAAGGAAUGGAUUGGGGCCCGACAAGCGAUCUUAUACGAUUAUGGUUCACGGGUUCUUUGACAAAGGAAGAAAAGAAGAUGCUUUGCGUUAUUUUCGCGAGAUGAGAGCAAAGGGAAUGCUGCCAGAGCCGAGAACCGAAAUUUUGGUGAAUUCCAUGAACGUUAAUUCGAUUGAGAGAAAAUGUGACUCUGAGACAUGUUGACACAAGUGAGAAUUAUCAGAGUUCAAUGAAUGUAUGUAUUUGGAUGUCAUGUAUCUUGAAAGGUGUGUGGUCAAAAAAUUUCAUUACUAGUUAUUGACUUCACGGUUUCCUUCAUUGGCUAGGAUUCAUGUGUAGGUUGAAUACAACCUUGAGUGGAUAAGAAAAAA